UUUUUUUUAUUAUUAUUAUUAUUCAUGUUUGUACAAUCUUCUGGAUAUUUUUUUUCCAAGAAGGAGUAAAAGGGAGUGUUGGAAACUAACAAACAGGAUUAAAGCCCUGAGCGCUUAAGGAAAAAAACAGGUUAAGGAACUUAAUCCAGGAUGGAUCUGCAGGAGCCCCAGCAGCUGGGAAUGUUUGCGGAGAGCGAGCUGAUGUCGGUGGGGAUGGACACGUUCAUCCACCGCAUCGACUCCACCGAGGUCAUUUACCAGCCCCGCCGCAAACGGGCCAAGCUCAUCGGCAAGUACCUCAUGGGAGACCUGCUGGGAGAGGGCUCCUACGGCAAAGUCAAGGAGAUGCUGGACUCAGAGACCCUGUGCAGGAGAGCUGUGAAGAUCCUGAAGAAGAAGAAGCUGCGCCGGAUCCCCAACGGGGAGGCCAACGUGAAAAAGGAAAUCCAGCUCCUGCGGCGAUUACGGCACAAAAACGUCAUCCAGCUGGUGGAUGUGUUGUACAACGAGGAGAAACAGAAAAUGUAUAUGGUGAUGGAGUACUGUGUGUGUGGGAUGCAGGAAAUGCUGGACAGUGUCCCAGAAAAGAGGUUUCCAGUGUUUCAGGCUCACGGGUACUUUUGUCAGCUUAUAGAUGGCUUAGAAUACUUGCACAGCCAAGGGAUUGUCCACAAGGAUAUAAAACCGGGGAACCUCCUGCUAACAACCAAUGGGACACUAAAAAUAUCCGAUUUAGGCGUAGCAGAGGCAUUGCAUCCAUUUGCAGAGGACGACACGUGCAGGACAAGCCAAGGGUCGCCAGCAUUCCAGCCCCCAGAAAUUGCCAAUGGCCUUGACACCUUUUCAGGCUUUAAAGUCGACAUCUGGUCUGCGGGGGUGACGCUAUACAAUAUCACAACGGGUCUGUACCCUUUUGAAGGGGAUAAUAUCUAUAAAUUAUUUGAAAACAUUGGGAAAGGCGACUACACAAUUCCAGAGGAUUGUGGUCCUCCACUCUCAGACUUAUUGAGAGGGAUGCUGGAAUACGACCCAGCCAAGAGGUUCUCAAUACAGCAGAUAAGGCAGCACAACUGGUUUAGGAAGAAACACGCUCAGGCAGAGGCGCUGGUGCCCAUCCCUCCCAGCCCCGAGACAAAGGACAGGUGGAGGAGCAUGACGGCGGUGCCUUACCUGGAGGAUCUGCAUGGCUACAAUGAGGAAGAGGAUGAUGAUUUGUAUGACAUUGAAGAUGAUAUCAUCUACACUCAGGACUUCACAGUACCAGGACAGGUGCCUGAGGAGGAGGCCGGGCAGAACGGGCAGAGCCGCGGCAGGGGACUGCCCAAGGCCGUGUGCAUGAACGGGACGGAGCCGGGGCAGCUGAGCACCAGGGCCAAGGGCGAGCGCCGGGCCAGCGCCUCCUCCAACCCCUCCCGCAAGGCCUGCUCUGCCAGCAGCAAGAUCCGCAAGCUCUCCACCUGCAAGCAGCAGUGAGCUCUGCCCAGCAUCCCCGGGCCUGGGCCAGCCUACAUCCCCCUCCUCACCCCAGCUCUGCCUCUCUCCUGGGACUGGACUGUGCUUGCAAUCCAAAAGGAAACCAGGGGAAACCAACCAAGGAGCCCCCCUUCCCUCCCCGCACCCCCUGCUCCAGCCAGCGCCAGGACACCGAGCUGCAGUGGCCGGACUUUCCCUGCCGGACACCUGGAAGUUGAACUCUGCGGCUGCCAGGACGCUGCCCCCCCUCCCCCCAAUCACUCUUUGCCAAUCAAGACACUGAUUCUGUUUUCAAUUUUGCGAUGGGAAGGGUGGGAUGAGGGGUCGGGGGGGUGGGACCCUCCCCCUCCCCCCUGCCAGGCCCCCCCGGCCGUGUAGAGUCGUGCAAAGCCAUUGCCGUGCACUUUAUGUUUUAGACUACUGUUAUAUAUUAUAUAUUUUCCUCUUCUUUUUUUUUUUUUUUUCGUUUUGUUUUGUUUUGUUUAUAUUUGCGGUAUAUUUAGAGAUUCCUACACAUCGUGAUGUGUUAAAAUAAACCAGAUGAGGAAAAAAAAAAAAAAACAAAACAGGUA